AUCAAUGGAGCAAUGGCAGAACCUGAUUCUGUAAACGAAGCCAAGGAGAAGAAGCUAUGGAAAGCUGUUUUCGCUAUCUCUGGGAUUAUGAUCACUCUCGUCAUCUAUGGUCUUCUUCAGGAAAAGAUCAUGAGAGUGCCUUAUGGAUUGAAAAAAGAGUACUUUAAGCACUCUUUGUUUCUUGUUUUCUGUAAUCGUCUCACUACAUCAGCUGUUUCUGCUGGUGUUUUACUGGCGAGCAAGAAAGUUUUGGAUCCUGUAGCUCCGGUUUAUAAAUAUUGUCUCAUAUCAGUAACUAACAUCUUAACCACUACAUGUCAGUAUGAGGCUCUCAAGUAUGUGAGUUUCCCAGUUCAAACUUUGGCUAAAUGUGCCAAGAUGAUACCUGUGAUGGUUUGGGGAACCCUCAUUAUGCAGAAAAGGUAUAGGGGAUUUGACUAUUUCGUGGCUUUCCUCGUGACCCUUGGGUGCUUUGUGUUUAUUCUGUUUCCGGCAGGAGAUGAAAUUAGUCCGUACAACAAGGGAAGAGAAAACACUGUCUGGGGUGUAUCCCUUAUGGUUGGUUAUCUUGGGUUUGAUGGCUUUACAAGCACAUUCCAAGACAAACUCUUUAAAGGUUAUAAUAUGGAAAUACAUAACCAGAUAUUCUACACAACAAUUUGUUCCUCUAUUCUCAGUUUCACUGGACUUAUACUGCAAGGGCAUUUACUCCCAGCAGUGGACUUUGUUUCCCGCCAUAGAGAUUGUCUAUUUGACAUCGCUUUACUUUCCACCGUGGCAACAGCCAGCCAAUUUUUCAUUUCUUACACUAUUAGGACAUUUGGUGCUCUAACGUUUGCUGCCAUAAUGACUACUAGACAGCUUGUGAGCAUCAUGCUCUCCUGCAUUUGGUUCUCACACCCGCUUAGCUGGGAGCAGUGCAUUGGAUCUGUAAUUGUUUUCGGGUCUCUAUAUGCUAAAAAUUUAGUGAAGAAGAGAUCAGAAAAGCCGCAGGCAACUCAAGAACCUCCACGGGACGAAGAGGCUCAACCUCUGAAGGGAAACCCUUAAAAGCACAGUGAGAGUUUUUUUCCUUCACUGUUGCUUGAAAAGUUAUCAACCAAAUUUAAAUGAUCCCUCUGAAGCUGAGGCAUCUACUAACAAAACUAAGUGGUUGAUCAAUUGUUUUUUUUUUUUUUUUUUGUCAAGAAGAAGUCAUAGAUCACCAUAUGAAUAGAGACUAAUGUAUGCAAAUGUAGUUUCUUGUUUCCAUUGUCUACUUUUUUUCCUGCAAACAAGAACCUAACUGUUUAUUGUAGAGUGGUUACUUGUGUAAAAUUUGUAAUGGGAUUUUGGUACUAUAUACGAAAACUAGAUGUCUCACUCUCAAAA